AUGGAGGGGCCUUUAAACCCCUCCGCUCUGUCGCCGGCGCGCAACGACUCCGUCUCGACCUCUCUGCAAUGGGGGCUCAACGCGACUGCGGGGCUACAGUCGCCCAGCCCCGCGCCGCCUCCUCUGCCUCCCGACCCGUCCCAUCGCCGCGUCCGCCUGGUCUUCUCGGGGGUCCUGUUGGUGGUGGCGGUGGCCGGCAAUGCCACCGUGCUGUGUCGCCUGUGCGGCGGCAGCGGGCCCGGCGCGGGUCCAAAGCGCCGCAAAAUGGAUCUCCUGCUGGUGCAGCUGGCCCUGGCCGACUUGUACGCGUGCGGGGCCACCACGCUCUCGCAGCUCGCCUGGGAGCUGCUGGGGGAGCCGCGCCCCGCCCAGGGGGACCUGGCGUGUCGCCUGGGGCGCUUGCUGCAAGCCUCGGGGCGCGGGGCGUCGGCGCACCUCGUGGCGCUCAUCGCCCUGGAACGCCGGCGCGCCGUCCGCCCCGUGCCCGGCCCGCCGCUGCCCGCGCGCGCCCUCGCCGGGCUGGGCUGGCUGCUGGCGCUGCUGCUGGCAUUGCCCGCCGCCUUCGUGGUGCGCGGGGCCGUCCCCUUGCCGCGCAGCGCCCGGCCCUGGCCCGGGGAGCGACGCUGCCUGGGCAUCUUCGCGCCCCGGCCGCGCUGGCACCUGCAGCUCUACGCGCUCUACGAGACGAUCGCGGGCUUCGCAGCGCCCGCCGCGGUGAUGGGGUUCGCAUGCAGCCGCCUGCUCCGCGCCUGGUGCCGGCAGAGACUCCCGCGAGUGCCCACGGACCCCCAAGCGCCCUGGUCGGUCAGUCCCGGCCGCGCCCCUGUGCGCCCUACCAGCGCGCUCCCGCGCGCCAAGGUGCAAAGCCUGAAGAUGAGCCUGGCGCUGGCGCUGCUCUUCGUGGGGUGCGAGCUGCCCUACUUCGCCGUGCGCCUGGCAGCGUCGUGGUCCGCGGGCCCGACGGGCGACUGGGAGGCCGACUCCCUGACCGGGGCGCUGCGCCUCAUUGGCACGGCCAGCUGCGCGCUCGAUCCUUUCGUCUACCUCUUCUUCCAGCUAGGCGACUGCCGAGUCCGGCGGCGGCGGCUGCGGAGGCGUCUGGGCUGCUUGGGCUGCGCUCUCCAGGACGUCGCCCUGGACGACAACGAUGACGACGAGGUCCCGGGUCACCAGGCGCUCCAUCGCCACCGCUGGCCCCAUCCCCAUUACCACCACGCUCGGCGGGAGCAGCCCGAGCAGGGUUACACGCGCCCUCCCCCGCCGCCGCCGCGCCCCCGGACGCUGCCCUGCUCCUGCGAAAGCGCCUUCUAG